AUGCCGCUCAGCCACGAAAAGCGCAAUGCUGUCGUUUCAUUCUACUUGCAGGAACAGGAUGACGCCGUCUUAUGUGCCUUCGGCUGCGACUACUUCGACGGGGCUCGUAAAGGGGCGGCAUGCGGUGGCCUUUUCACCGCAUGGCUUGCACGACGCACAUAUGUUGAUCUGAGGGACGACUAUAUGGAAUACGCGGCUAGUAUUCCACGUCACAUGCGGGACAACUCUUGGACUAUUAUUCGGGGGUUUCGCACGCGCCCAUUCUUCACAGUUGGCUGUAUUUCGCUGGUAAUGACGACGCUGAUGAAGUCUGUCAAGUUUACGCUGGCUAAUUAUCGUUACCAAGAGUUUGUUGCCGAUGACAUGGAUUUCGAGUUGCUGGAAAAGGAACUCUCUAGUACCCCCGAGGGGAAGUCAGAGUUGGAAAGACUCUUCAAGGAGGUUUCGAAAACCACGACAGCGGCGUCACUGAGAGACGAUGCUGCUGGCACGCGUGGUCCCAGGGGCCAAACCGUCACGAACACGCUGAUGAAGGAAGCGUCGCAGGUUUGUGAGCGGAGUGCGCCAACCUUCUGGGACGGUGUUGCGGUGGGCCUCAUGGGCUCUAUCAUGGACUGCUACUUGCCAUCGAAGCCGGUCUACAACUAUUACGGCAUGCGGUGUGGCAUGCGCAUCUGA